AUGCAUUUAAAUAGACAUAACAUAGCAAUGAAGAUGCAAAGAGAGGGGAAGAAAAAGAAGAAGAAGAAGAAAAAAAAAUUCCUAAACAAGUUGAAAAGUUUUUUCCAUAUUGUAAGGACAAAAUUCUGGAAUGUAGGAAGUUACAAAAAGAAGAGGGGAGUGUCCAUACUAUAUUAUAAUGACGAUGAAUACAUAAGCGAAAAUAAAAGUAACAUCAUCGUGAGGGUGUUUCUUUCCCCCGUGUGGUCAUUUCUCCGGAACAAAACAAGGACAACCAUAGGGAGGUUGUUAAAAUGGAGUGGAUUUUUCUACAUAUGGGAACGUAUGAAGCUUUUGGUGCGGUUUCAAAAUGGAAGGAAUAAGACAAACAUAAAAGAUCUCGAAGAGACAGAGGAAGAAAAUGAAGCCACCCUACAUAAGCUAGACCGAUGCGUUUUCCUUUACCCGAUAACGGACAACCUAUCCAACAAACACAUGAUACAAAUAUGCAAAAAUUAUUUAACGAACAUGUUAUUUUAUGUGCACAAUUGGGGCACUACUAAUGGGGGCGUAAAUUAUAAGGAGUGUAAAGAAAUAGCAAAAAUGAAGAAGCUUUUUAUCGACAAGGUUAACAAUUUAAAGGCCUUCAAUGCAGAAAAUAAUCUCUACAUCAGUGAUGAUUCUUUAAUAAAAAAGAUUAUGGUUCGAGACAGCAGGGUCACACACCAUCAUUAUCACAGAAAAGAAAUGAAGGAGGCGAGUAAUUUUUGCAAAAUAAGCAAGUACGAGCAAGAGUGUGUGAAGACCUACUACAUCGCAGAUAGGAAUCCUCUAAGGAGUAACAACAACGGAGACUACAUUUGUAUGCACUACAAGAACAGACAUCAGUUAAUACUUCGCGUGAUCAUUAACCGGCUUGGAACAUUUUAUUUCUUCCUUUUUUUUACAUCCUUUUUGCUUCAACAGACAUAUCAUUUUAGGACAAAUAAUUAUACAUACUUUGCUCUUACUUUUUUCGUCCUCUUCGUCUUUUCUGCAUUGAAAGAUCUUCACAUGAUAGCUCAACGGAUUGCCACUGAGAGGGGGGUUAACGCUAAGACGUGCAGGCGGGUCACUCCUGUUGGAUUGGUGGAUGUCCCUUGUUCUGAGGUCAAGGUGGGCGACGUACUCUACCUAGAAGAAAACGACGAAAGCCCCGCAGACCUGGUUCUCCUAAAGUGCGGUCACGAUGACGUCUACGUGUGUUCAAAAAACCUGGACGGUAAGACGGACCUCCAAAUGAGGAAGAGCAUUCUGCUUACUUCUUACUUACCAAAUAUAUAUGAACUGUUCAGGUUAAAAAUAACAUUGAUGAUUGAAAAACCACAUAAACGGUUGGACAAAAUGAACGGUUUGUUUAUUCUUACCAAUUAUCACUCCUUUGUUGAGCAAAUGUACAGCGACUUGGUAUGUUUGCAAAAUACAUUUUUCAAAAAUGCCAGUGGCAAGUUUCAUCAUGCGAGCGAGGUUUUUAAUUAUGUCAUUGAAGACACCUAUAUUGAGAAGACGUACAAAUGUGUGGAUUUUCUGAUACGGAGGUCUGCAGUCCCUUUGGGGGAACCAUCUGUCGGGGGUGCCUUCACAAGUCCUCCACUCGAGGGGGGAACAAUUGCCCCAACUGGAGGCAUAGACCCCACUGGAAAGGCUAACCAUCUUGACUACGUCUCCAGUACCGACUUGGUCAAGGGAGGAAGCGGACCACAGGACACUCAUUUCGAAAGCUACAUCAGUAAGUUCCACUCUGAGAGUUCAUCACCCAUUGUUAUUGAUCAAAAUCAAGAAAAUUACAAAGAACAAAUUGGAAUAGAAAAUGUCAUCUGGUGUGGUAGCAAGAUAGUGCGGGGGAAAGUAUAUGGCCUCGUCGCCUACGCAGGGGUAGAUAAAAAAACAAGUAUAAUAGUGAGUAGGGGAAAAAAUAUAUCCUAUGGGGAGUGUAAAGCCAAGUGGAGAGGAUUGCAGAUCUGGCUAAUUCUGGUAUUAAUCGUAUGUCUCUAUUUGUGCUUACAAGAAGGACGUCCAUUUGGAACAAGCGCAUUGAUAAAUUUUGUCAGAUACUUCCUCCUUCUCCUCCCAUAUACGCCCUACGUCAAUAAUAUGUAUGCCUACUUAAUGAGUAUAAUUUCGUUUCAUACGUUACGGAAGCGAAAAGCCAUUCCAAACUUCUCUCUGCUUAACUUUGACAUCGCUGAUCGAAUUAGCAGCACGUCUUUUCUUUUGUGCGACGAGGAUGAAGUGGUCGAUGGAGUGGGGCUGAAGUUGCGCGGGGUGCACUUUCUGCUUGGCGAGUUGGAAGACAAGAGUGGAGGUAAUAGCCACAACGACGGUCGUAGUGAUGAUCAUAGCGGUGGUCGUAGUGGUGGUCACAAGGGUAACCUUGCCUACUGGAGAUGCCUCUUGCAAGCACUCCUAAACCUUGUCGACUUCAACCCCUACUUGUGCCCACCGCCCGAAGAGGGGCCCCAUAAAAACUCCGCACUUUUGAAAAGCAUAGACCGGCACAGCCUCCCACUGGGCCGCAAAAACAAAGGAGACAAAAGGGACAAGCUGUACAGAACAAUCUUCAGUGAUAUCUCAAAUUACACGGCGGACAAAUCGAACAAAAUGUUUUUAACCCUUCUGUGCAUGCUAUUUUGCAAUGAAACAAUGGUUAGAAGAAGAGGGGUUCCAAAAAAAAAUGAAAGAGAGCGCACGCUACAUUCAAAAUGGGAUUCAAUUUAUUCCCCAUGCCUGGAGGAAAACCUUUUCAUAGACUUCGUGAAGUCUUGCGGAAUGGACAUUUUUAAAAAAGAUGCUUCCAAAAUUUCCGUUGGAAUUUUAACUCCCACGAUUACACACAACGAAAGGGGAAAAAACAAAACACACAGUAUGGGGGAAAAUAGCAGGACCAAAGGGAAGGAGAAAAAUAAUGGCGGCAUUUUUAAAUUAUCCAACGUGGCGGAAAAGGUAGACAGGGGCGAGGUGAAAUGUGAGCGAUUCCGCGUGUGUAAUAACGAGUGGGAGGAACAGUCAUGCAGUCGAAGUAGCAAUGAUAGCGGCAGCGGUAGCAGAGGCCGGUUCAGCAGACGCUGUAGGAACGACUGCGCCGCGCGAAAUGGCCGACACGGUCGUUGCCGCCAACGCAGUGGGGACCAAAAGGGAAAAAAGAAAAAGGUGAAGACAUACAACUUUGAAAUAAUAGAAGGACUGUCCCUAGACUGUAAUGAUCAGGUCAUAUGCACCCUCAUCUCUUACAAUGAGAAAAUAUUCAAUCUGGUUAAGGGGCCCGGCGAAAAGAUUGCUAACAUGUCUUGCGAAAGGGGAAAGAAGAAACUGAGGUCAAUUUUAAGGCCAUUUUGUGCCAAAGGCUUUCGCGUAGUUGUUUUUGCCUACAGAGAAGUUGCACAGAACGAAUUAGAUGAAUACAAUAGGGUUAGCAACGAAGAGCAAAAGAAACUCUUUUUUAAAACUGUGUUUGCUAACAAUCCAGAUGUGCUAGCUAUUGCGACGCUGAAGGAAGGUAUCCACGAACAUGCAAAGAAGUGUCUGAAUUUGUUCAAAAGGGCAAAAAUAAAAACGUGGAUUCUCUCUGGGGAGAAGAAGGACAGUGUUAUAGCUACCUCCACAUCGUUACAUCUGCUUAACGAAAGGAAUUACGUUUGUCACCUCAGUAGGAGAAGGCUCACACGGUUGGUACGGAACAGAAUGGAGACAUUCAAUACAUUCCAGAGUAGUCUCCUAUCGGGUAACAGCACCAACUGUUCUUUCCACUUGGGGGCACCAUCUCCCAGUGGGGGUAUAUCUUUGCGAAGGGGGACGUUACCCGUCUGCAACGUCUGCAACAUCUGCAGUGAAGACGAUAGCGGCUGCGAUCGCGACGACUAUAUGAUGCGAAAGACUAGAAGUUCACACAAAUUGGUUCUGCCCAGAUCUGACGCGACCCAAGAAACACGCGCUUCCAACGGAUGGGUCAACACGGGUGUCGAUACGGGUGGGGUGGAUAACAACGAAACGGUAAAUUGCUUGGAAGCCGAAUUGGAGCGUACCCUACAGACGUGUGGGGACACUAACACUGUUUUUUUCCACCCCCCAGUCGGAAAAGUCCUACCCAAAAGAGCGACUAAAAUCAUUUCACUACAAUCGGAUAGUUUUUUAACAAAUGCACUGAGCGAAAUGCUGCACCAGUUUCGGUGCCCCUUUAGGAGAGGCGAGAAAAAAGGGAAGCUUGAUGGGGAAUGCCAAGGGGGGAACAUCCAGUUCGAUAAGGAAACCCCAGCUGGCAUGCAAAACGGACAAGAGGUCGACCGAAGGAGCAAUAUACGAAGGAAACUCCGUAAGGUUCCCCCCCCGCAUAACCGUGUGUAUAUCGUCAAAGGAGACAUAAUUGACUACUACGUAAAACACGGGAAGAGGCAAUUCAUGAAGGCACUAACUCAAUCUCGGUGUGCCCUCUUCUACGACUGUAACUCUAUUCAGAAGGGGAAGAUAGCCAGAUGUCUGCGCAAUGCAACAGAUGCAAAACAUGGGGGAGGCAUUUUAUGCUCAGUAGGAAACCAUGCAAAGGAUUUAAACAUGUUUAAUGAGUCCGAUAUAGCUAUCCGGGUGAAUAAGCAUAGCGGCACUAAUGUGAGCAACCUCUACGCAGAUAUCGAGGUGCAAUCAUUUGAAGACCUUGGUUGGUUAUCUAUCUUGUCCAACAUUUGCCUUCUCACCUUUUUCGCCUUUUUGUUCAUCAUCACGUUUGUGACCAUUGCUACCUCGCAGAAUGAUGAUGCGUGGGAAAACGAAAUUCUUAUUUCCUCCAGCUUGCAGCCCUAUUCAUUUUAUUCUUAA